AUGGACUCUGUUAGAGCUUAUAGGAAAAUUAGACGAAAAUUAAGACAUCAAUACUUCAUAAACUAUGAAACAACAUCUAAUAAUAAUAAAAGUGUUGGGGACGAGAAUAAUGAUUUACCAUUAGCACCAGGACCAAAAUCAUAUCCAAUUAUUGGUUCAAUGCAUUUAUUAGGUCAAUAUGAAGUACCGUAUCAAGCGUUUGGUGAAUUAGCAAAAACGUAUGGACCAAUUAUUAAAAUGGAUUUGGGGAGUGUACCAAGUUUAAUUGUUAACGGACAUGAGAAUAUACGUGAAAUAUUGUUUACGAAAGGUACACAUUUCGAUAGUCGACCAAAUUUUAAACGAUACCAUCAUUUAUUCUCUGGCGAUAAAGAAAAUUCCUUAGCAUUUUGUAAUUGGAGUAACUUACAAAAAUCACGCCGUGAAAUGCUUCGACCACACACCUUUCCCACAUCGUUCUCACGUCGUUUCCAAGAACUCGAUCAAAUCAUCUUAAACGAAAUUCCCGAACUAAUUAAUCAUUUCCAACCGAACACAAACGGUGAAAAUGUUGUAAAUUUAAAAGAAGUCGUCUUAAAAUCCUGUGCAAAUAUUUUCAUGGAUUAUUUUUGUACGAAGAAAUUCACAUGGUCCAGUCCGGAAUUCGAACGAAUGAUCCAUAAUUAUGAUGAGGUAUUUUAUGAAGUGAAUCAAGGAUAUGCAGCUGAUUUCUUACCAUUUUUACUACCAUUACACACACAAAACUUUGCUAAAAUGGCGAAAUGUACGCAUAGUAUACGAGAAUUUGUUAUGGAAAACAUUAUCGAAGAGCGUUUCAACGAAUACGAUGAACAUACAACGGGCAUUGAUUACGUGGAUGCAUUAAUUGAAAGCGUUAAAUUAAAUAAUUCAAAUAAUAUGGAUUGGGAAACAGCCUUGUUCGCUUUAGAGGAUAUUAUCGGGGGACAUAGUGCGGUUGGGAAUUUUUUAAUAAAAGUUCUUACGUUUUUGGUACAAAAUCCUGAUGCACAAGCGAAAAUGCAACAAGAAAUCGAUGAAUGUUUACGAAAUAAAUUAAAUGAUACAUAUAUACCGAAUCGUACACCCGAAGUUGAUAUAUUCCGUUCGGAACAUGAAUUAGAUGCUUAUGUACAAACGGAUAUGGAAAAAUUAGAAUUGGAAACGAGAAAUGAAACAACGGAUGUGAAUAAUUUAAAACAAACAACUUGUUGUGAUAAACAAAGAGAAACAGAUUUGUGCAACGAUAGAAUAUCAAUUAAAGACAGGAAUUCAAUGCCUUAUACAGAAGCUGUUAUUUUGGAAGGUAUCAGACUGAUCGCUUCACCGAUUGUACCACAUGUUGCCAAUCAAGAUAGCAGUGUUGGAGGUUACAAAGUACCAAAAGACACAUUAAUCUUCUUAAAUAAUUACGAAUUAAAUAUGUCCGAAAAAUUAUGGGAUGAACCGAAUGCAUUUAAACCAGAACGUUUUAUUAAAAAUGGUAAAGUACAGAAACCCGAUUAUUUCUUACCAUUUGGCGGGGGUAAACGAUCAUGUAUGGGCUAUAAAAUGGUACAAUUAAUUGGUUUUAGUAUAUUAUCAAAUAUUAUACAAUCGUAUACAUUAAAACCAUAUCAUACGGUACCGAAAGUACCAAUUGGAAAUUUAGCAUUAAAACCAAGUAUAGAAAUUAAUUUUACGUUUGAAAAAAGACGAACUCAAAAUUAAUUUUAAU